AAAUUCCUCAGCCCAGGGCAUCUCCCUCCAGCCUUGGGGGUGCCCCAUGGACCUGCCCUGUGUGUGUUCCCUCUGCUGAAGUCCCACCACUGUCUGCUCUGAGUAUCUUCUGCCCUCCGAUGCACAGAGACUGUAAACACCACUUUCCAGGUUGCUGCACUGGGGAGAGUUGUUCUCCCAAGACUUGUUCCUUGAACGCUCCAAGGGAGCAGAAACACUUGGCUUUGGUCUUGCCAGAGCCACGACGCCUGCUCCUGCCCGUGUUUGCCAGCAGCAAAACCUUCCUGAGGGCCCCCCCGAAGCUGUCGCUAUGUCAACGCUGGCUUCUCUGCAGAUGCUGAUCGACUCCCUGAACUCCACUGCCCCCAGCAACAGGACCAACAAGACGGCCAACAGGAGCAGCGCCUGGUGCCAGGGUGUCUUCAUCCCCAACGAGCUCUUCCUGACGCUGGGCCUCGUCAGCCUGGUGGAGAACGUGCUGGUGGUCGUGGCCAUCAUUAAGAACAGGAACCUGCACUCACCCAUGCACUACUUCAUCUGCUGCCUGGCCGUGUCCGACAUCCUGGUGAGCGUCAGCAACCUGGUGGAGACCUUGUUCAUGCUGCUGAUGGAACACGGAAUGCUGCUCCUCCAGACCAGCAUCAUCCGCCAGGUGGACAACGUCAUCGACAUGAUGAUCUGCAGCUCCGUGGUGUCGUCCCUCUCCUUCUUGGGGGCCAUCGCCGUGGACCGGUACAUCACCAUCUUCUACGCCCUCCGCUACCACAGCAUCAUGACCAUGCAGCGGGCAGUGGUUAUCAUUGUGGGCAUCUGGGUUGCCAGCACCAUCUCCAGCAGCCUCUUCAUCGCCUACUACAAGAACAGCGCCGUCAUCCUCUGCCUCAUCGGCUUCUUCCUCUCCAUGCUCAUCCUCGUGGUGGGGCUCUACAUCCACAUGUUCUCCUUGGCUCACCACCAUGCCAGGAACAUCUCCAGCCUGCAGAAGAAACGCACCAUCCACCAGAUGACCAGCAUGAAGGGGGCGGUCACCCUCACCAUCCUGCUGGGGGUCUUCUUCAUGUGCUGGAGCCCCUUCUUCCUGCACCUGACGCUGAUCGUCACGUGCCCCAAGAACCCCUUCUGCACCUGCUUCUUCAACUACUUCAACCUCUUCCUCAUCCUCAUCAUCUGUAACUCUGUGAUAGACCCGCUCAUUUAUGCUUUCCGGAGCCAGGAGCUCAGGAAAACCCUGAAGGAAGUGGUGCUGUGUUCCUGGUAACUCAGGCACGGCCGCGGGGCUGAGGAGGCCUGUUGGAGCCGGGGUUCCUGCUCUCAGAGGUCAUCAGCCUUUCUAGCCUAUAGUCGUUGUUGUUUUCCUCUGGACUUUCUCCAAUUUGUCCACAACUUUCCAGCAAUGUGGCACCCAGAGCUGGACACAAUGCUCCAGCUGCAGGCUAAUCAGCAUGGAGUAGAGCGGAAGAAUUACAUCUGGUGUCUUGCUUACAACGCUCCUGCUAAUACAGCCCAGAAUGAUGUUCACUUGUUUUGCAACAGGAUCAUAUUGCUGACUCA